AGUGCUGGUGUACCAGUGCGCCCGCAUGGCCGACAACUGUGGCGAGUGUCUGGCGCUCGAGCCGCGCUUCAACUGCGGCUGGUGCGAGUCGUCCGGACGCUGUGAGGUCAAGGACGAAUGCGCCGCGCCGCCCUGGCUCGACCGCAGCAAGCCGUGCCCCAACCCGCGGAUUACCGACUUCAGUCCCAAGUCGGGUCCAUACGAGGGCGGCACCAAUAUCACCAUAUCAGGCAUCAACUUAGGGAAGACGUUCGAGGACAUCUACGAUCAAGUGACGGUGGCCGGCGUGCCCUGUAACCCGAUCCGCGCCCUCUACAAGAAGACGCGACAGAUUGUCUGCGAGGUAGACGGACCCGGCACCAACGAGUACCGCAGCGCCCCUGUAGUCGUCCGUGUGGCCAGUUUCCGCGCCCAGUCGGCCGACAGCUACGAGUUCGUCGACCCUCGCAUCUCUCGUAUCGAGCCGACGCGCGGCCCGCGCUCCGGCGGCACCCACCUGCGCAUCAUCGGUGACCACAUGGACGCUGGCUCGCGGGUGCGCGCUCAGCUGGGAGAUCUGCCGUGCGAGGUGCGCGAGCGGGCCGCCACGUACGCGGUGUGUGUGACGGCGGCGGCGCCGCGGCCCGGCCCGCAGCCGCUCAGCAUGACGUUCGACAGGACGCGCCGCCACCUGGCCGAGCCCAGCUACCAGUACGAGGAGGAUCCGCGCGUGCUGGAGGUCAGCAGCGGCCCGAACCCGCAGGACAAGGUGCCCAAGGGCGUGCCGUCCGGCGGCGUCAUCAUCACCGUGCGCGGCGAGAACCUGCUGGUGGUGCAGCGGCCGCGGCUGGCCGUCCAGUACGCCGGAGACGAGUUCGUCAGCCAGCCGUGUCGUGUGCUGGGUGACGAGCUGAUGGAGUGCCGCUCGCCAGCCAUCCCCAGCCACCCGCGGCCGCAGCAGAUUCCCGCUCAGCGGCCCGAGAACCUUCACUACGGCUUCAUCAUGGACGACGUGCGCUCGGUGAGGAACCUCUCUGCGGCGAGCGGCGUGCGCCGAUUCCAGCUCUACCCGGACCCCGUGUACAGUCCGUUCGAGGACGAGGACGGCGUCAAAUACUACAAGAGCGACUACCUCACCAUCAACGGCCGGAACCUGAACCUGGCCUGCCGCGACUCUGACGUCACAGUCCGGAUCGGCACAGAGUUCUGCAACGUGACGUCACUCUCGCUCAAUCAGCUGACGUGCAAGCCGCCCAAGAAGGCUCCUCUAGCCAUUGGCGCCGACGGCCAGCCGACCGAUGAGGAGCUGCCGCAAGUUAUAGUGAGCAUCGGCAGUCGCCUCAACUACACGAUCGGACGGCUGUCGUACGCGGGACUGAACCCCGGCGGCGGCACGCUGCCACAACCGGUGAUAAUCGGCGUGGCGGUGGCAGCCUUUCUGCUGGUGCUAGCCGUCAUCGCCAUCCUCAUCGCCUACAAACGCAAGUCGUCAGAGUCCUCCCGCGUGCUGAAGAACAUGCAGGAGCAGAUGGAUGUGCUGGAGCUCAGGGUGGCCGCUGAGUGCAAGGAAGCAUUCGCGGAGCUGCAGACGGAGAUGACGGACCUGACCUCGGACAUCACCGGCAUCGGCAUCCCGUUCCUCGAGUACCGCGCCUACUGCAUGAAGAUCCUCUUCCCCAGUCAGGAGGACCACCCGGUACUGCAGUGGGCUAACCGGCCCGAUCUGCAGCGCCGAGAGAAGGGACUGAGGCUGUUCGGACAGCUCAUCAUCAACAAGACGUUCCUGCUGCUCUUUAUACGGACCCUGGAGAGCAACCGAUACUUCAGCAUGAGGGACAGGGUAAACGUGGCGUCCCUAAUCAUGGUGACACUCCAGUGUCGAAUGGAAUACUCCACCGACAUCCUGAAGACGCUGCUCAACGAGCUGAUCGAAAAGUGCACCGAGGGCAACGGGUCGCACCCCAAACUGCUGCUCAGGAGGACCGAGUCGGUGGCCGAGAAAAUGCUCUCCGCCUGGUUCACCUUCCUGCUGUACAAGUUCCUGCGCGAGUGCGCCGGCGAGCCGCUGUACCUGCUGUACCGCGCCAUCAAACAGCAGGUGGACAAGGGCCCGGUGGACGCCGUGACCAGCGAGGCGCGCUACUCGCUCUCCGAGGAGAAACUCAUCCGACAACAGAUCGACUUCACAUACAUGACUGUCUACGUGUCCGGUCUGGACCCGCACCAGGACAACGUGGACAUCCCUGUCCGUGUCCUCAACACGGACACCAUCAGUCAGACCAAGGAGAAGAGUCUCGACUCCAUCUACCGGUCCACGCCGUUCUCCAUGAGGCCGCGGAAGGAGGACCUCGACCUCGAGUGGCGGACGGGCAACUCUGGCCGCCUGAUCCUCUACGACGAGGACUCCACCACCAAACUGGAGAGCGGCUGGAAGAAGCUCAACACACUGUCACACUACCGCGUGCCCGACGGCGCGCUGCUCACCCUGGUGCCCAAGCAGAGCUCCCUGUACAACAUCAGCAUCCUGUCGGAGAAGUCGGACAAGUCGCACAAGUACGAGACGCUGAAUCAGGCCAAGUACGGCGGCGCGCAGAGUCCGCCACUCAGCCGAGCCAUGAGCCCCACCAACCACGAGAGUGGCAUCAAGGUGUGGCACUUGGUGCGACACUCCGAGUCGGAGCAGCGCGACGGCGAGCGCAGCAACAAGAUGGUCUCGGAGAUCUACCUGACGCGCCUGCUGGCCACCAAGGGCACCCUGCAGAAGUUCAUGGACGAUCUGUUCGAGACCAUCUUCAGCACGGCGCACCGCGGCUCGGCGCUGCCGCUGGCCAUCAAGUACAUGUUUGACUUCCUGGACGACCAGGCGCUGCUGUACGGCAUCACCGACCCGGAUACGGUGCACACGUGGAAAAGCAACAGCUUGCCACUGCGGUUCUGGGUGAACCUCAUCAAGAACCCGAACUUCGUGUUCGACAUCCACAAGUCCAACAUCGUCGACUCGUGUCUGUCCGUGGUGGCGCAGACCUUCAUGGACUCGUGCUCAACCACCGACAACAAGCUCGGCAAGGACUCGCCGUCGAGCAAGCUGCUGUACGCCAAGGACAUCCCGAUCUACAAGGAGUGGGUGACCAAGUACUACGACGACAUCAAGAGGAUGCCGGCCAUCUCCGACCAGGACAUGAACGCCAUGCUGGCAGAGGAGAGCAGGCUGCACCAACAGGAGUUCAACACCAACUGCGCGCUGCACGAGCUGUACGUGUACGCGGACAAGUACAGCGGCCAGCUGAUGGCCAACCUCGAGGAGGACGAGUUCUCCAGUCGACAGCGGCUCGCGCUCAAACUCGAGCAGGUGCACAAGAUAAUGGCCGGCGAGCCGGACCCCUGACAGUUACAGUCCGGCGUUCUCGAGUGGACCGGCUGGAACGGAGAGUGGCAGUAGACGGCCGGUCCGCUCGGCCGGCCGGCCGACACCGGGCGGUCGACGGCCUCUGAGAGCGCCAAAAGCCAACGCCGGGUCACAAAGCUGGGUCACAACGCCGGGUCACAGAGCUGGGUCACAACGCCGGGCCACAGCGCGGGGUACAGCGCUGGGACAUCGUGACAAGCCAGAUGGGCCGAAUGACGGGCCUUGGAAGGGAUGGCGAGCCGCUGGCAGGGAUGACACCUCUAUGGAUGGAUAGAUUGGCACGCCGGAGACCUGACGGGGUUUAGACGGGCGUCUCUGCCUGUAACGCAGCUCUCCGGUUCGCCCGGCUGCCACCGCCGCGUCCCGCCCCCCACUCAGUGAGCCGCUGUUCCCACUCCGCCCGUCGGUCCCCGCCACUCCGUGUGUAUGUGUGUACAUGUGAACUGUAUCUGACCCCAAGCGACUACGUGAGUGUGUCUUCACAAUCAAAACGGGCGCCGAAGACUGGUGAAGUAUGGGCGACGGCCGGGGCCGCCGCGUCUCCGCCAAUUGUGAUACUUAUUCUGAAUAUCAAAUGGUGUUUUCUAUGGCGUGUAUGUGCGCGGCCGUGGCGUGUCUCCGUGUCGCGUGCGCAGCCGCCCGCCGCUGGUCCCGCCUGCCCGCCUCUGUUGUCGCCACUCUCCGACUGUCUUUGUUGCUCAAUGGGGCCAUCUUCCAGGGGCGCCGCGCCGCCCGGGUGUGUGUGUGUCUGUGUGCGGGACAUGCGUCUGUACAUAGACGGCCGAAUAGCUUACAGCCCAUCGUGUCACAAACCGAGCAGCAAUAUGUCUCCGCACCGCGGCCGUGCUGUCUGCAGCCGUCGACUCGCUCGCCCAGAAGCUGAUAUUGUGUUCAUAUUCAUUUUUUCACGGUAGCGCUAUUCGCAACGAACUCGCUGUAUUCCAUUGUGCGGGCGGUAGGCAGGGAUCAUUUGUACUGAGCCGUGGUGCUGGAGGCUGGACGGCGGCCGGCGCUGUCUCCCCGGCUCUGACUGCAGGGAGCGGUGUAUUGGACGGCGGUACGGCCGACCUCUCCCCCUGCCGGCCGCUGUCGGCACAGCAGCCCCUGUGUGUGUGCGUGUGUAUGACGGCCGCCUGUUUUAGGGGCCGCCCCCUCAAUGUCCUACUCUCUGACACCGGACCGGGCUGCGGCCGGUGUACCGGGUCGCGGCGCCCGCCGGCUGGCCGCCUUUUACCGGAUCUAGUCUCAGCCGAUCGGCAGCGCCCGAGGCCGGCGGCGACCUGCGCCGCGGCCGACGGCAGCACAACGGGCAGGCGCGCCGGGCGCCGGCCGUUCAUUGUUAUCUUAUGUAUGUACGUGUUUGUAUUUGUAUUUGUGUACAUCGCGCUCAUUGCGUAAAUACAUUUUUCAAUGAAGGUGUA